ACAUUACAUAAUUAUAACAUACCGAAUCCCGACGAGUUUCUUGAGCAGUAAACCAACUCCAAACCAGCUGAGAAAACGACUAAUAAAACACUAAUUUUUGUACUAAUUUUCUGUAAAGUAGCAAUAGGGGAAGUGGAGGUCAGUAUUUAUAGAAAUUUUUUUUUGCAAUCACCGCUCUGGACAAAAACAGUGAUGUGUUCACCGCCAUUGUCCUCAGCGGUGAUUGCUUGGUAGCUGUGACCUAAUUUCCACCUACCAGGCCGGUAAAACGUGUCAAUUAUCACCGCUUUACACAUCAGCGAUGAUAUCAUCGCUUUACACAUCAGCGGUGAUAAGGUCUCCUUUCACCGUUUUGGUACAAAGCGAUGAUGCUUUCAUCGCUUUUAACCAAGACAGUGAUGUAAUCACCGUUUUGGUCCAAAACGGUGAAAGGAUCAUCGCUUUUGUCCAAGACAGUGAUAGCAUCACUGUUUUGGUCCAAAGCGAUGAUACUAUCACCGUUUUGGCCAAAAACGGUGAUUACUUUCACUGUCUUGGUUUGCAGCGGUGAUAACCAAACUGCUGUAUUUUGGGAAAUAAUUUUAUAAGUACUGUAUUUUGGGAAUUUUUUUUAAUAAUUGGUGUAUUAUGGGGUUUUUUCCCCUAUCAACAAGGGAAUCAAUUUCCCCAAUUGCAAUUAUUGUUUCCUUCACCGAUUUGCAGUCACGGUAACCUAGAUAAAGAAGGAACAUGUAUGAGUUCUGUUUGCGUUUGAGAGCUAAGUUCAUUAUUACGGAUUGCUUUAGUUAAUUAAUUGUCCCUAAAUAAUUAACACCUUUUGUCCGUAAGUCCCACUCAGCAUGAGGGAACUUUGAUGUUUGCGGUGGGGAAUGUGUAGAGAUAAGGAAAAAGAGGGUUUUUUCUUUUGGGUUUUUUUUCCAAGAGCACUUUUACUAUGCUAUAUAGCAUUGCUGUUUAUUGUACAACUUAAAGUUGUAUCAUAACAUUAAAUGUAUAAGUUUAGGUUGUACCAUAAAGCAAUUUGUAUCAUUAUGUUAUGGUACAACUUUACAACUUGAAGUUGUACUAUCACAUAAAAGUACAAGUUCAAGUUGUACCAUAAAAGAAUUUGUACAAAAAGUAUAGGUACAAUCUGAAAUUGUACCAUAACGUAAAUGUACAAUUUUAAGUUGUACCAUAAAAACAAAACCCAAUAGCACAAAUACUAUAUAGCAUUGUAAAAUUUCUCCUUUUCUACUGGUGAAUAGAAGCUAGAUCUCGGCUUUGUCGCCGCUUUGUGUCGCGGCUGCUUUCAGAGCCAAUGGAGUCCAAGAACGAUGAAGAAAGGCUAGACGUAAUAUGGGCCAGGCUAAAUCCGUCCUUCCAUUGGCUAUAAUUGAAAGAAUCGAUCUUCUUAAUUUGGGCCCGCAAGUUCUAGUUUCGUGGGUUCUUUAAUUGUUAUUCUGUUGUGUAAAAUCCAAAUAUAACUUAACCCUCCUUUUCCUUAUGGGUGAAAUAACGAGGCCGAGAGGAAUGAUGAAAAAAUCCACCCUGGUGACGUAGAGUUAGAGUGGUGGAUCCAGGUCGUGGGUGUCGGCUCCUUAAGUGCUGGAACGGACACCUUCUACUCCUCCGAUUGGUGGAAGCUGUGAAAGAAAAAAUGUUUGGAAAUUGAGAGGCUAGAUGUGGUGCUAGCUAUUCGUGCAAAUUGAGAAUGCAUCGAUUCAUUGAAAAAAGAUAAUAAUCAAAACCUUCUUUAUGAAUCAUUAUGAUGAAUGAUAAGCGGAUCUAUUUCACUUGAAUUCUAUGCAUGGUAUAGAGAAACUCAUAUGAAUACGAGAAAGUAAAUGGAAUUGAUGCAUGUAUAUAUCGACAUUGAAAUGUAUUAUCUCGAUGAUUAGAGUAUAAAUAUAAUACAUGUGGAAUAGAAUGAUUUUUUUAAAUGCGUGCAUAUAUGGGAAGAAUAUAUGGGAAUAGAAAGGGUUAAUUGCCCAUUGUGACGAUAUUGCAAGAACUACUGUUGUCAGUACUACAUGAACCACUAAGGUUGCUCUGAAACAUUAAGUUUCAAGAAUGGGAGCAACAAGUCUAACCAUAUCCACACCAGUUAGAAUGGUAUACUCUUCGUGGUAACCAAGAGAUUGCCAAUCAAUCCUCUAAGAAUGACGCUAUUUUUCCCUGCUAUGAUUGCGGGAAACUAGGUCAUAUGACACGAAAGUGUAUGAACAAGUUUACAUGGUAUCAUCAUUAACUUGAGUAAAGAAGAGGAUUGGUAAUAGAGGAUGACCUUUAUGGUAACUCUAAAGAAUGGUUGGUGGAGAAUGAUGCCUCAAGGCAUCUGUAUGAUAAACAAGUUAAGCUCAAUCAUACAUUAUUGAUGUGUGAGAAGAGAGUGUUGUUGGAUUCAACCUUCAUUACUAUUGUUGAUGGUCCUCGAAAGUGGAAGAUAACCUUACCUCUAGAAAGUCGUUGACUAUGCUAGAUGUAAGGAAUGAUUAAGUAAAUAAAAUGAAUUCUUCCAAGUGUCAGUGUGAAGAAUUAGAAUAUCCAAAGUAACAUUCCCAUAUUAUUAUUGGAUACUUUAGAUAAAUUUGAAUUUGUAUCCAAGUUGAAUGACCCAUAAAAAUAUCUUUAGAAAAUUAGAAUCGAAAGAUUUUAUCUAUCUUGAUAAUGGGUAAACAUGAUGGAAAGGCAAUAAAUAAUUUAUUGUUUUUUUAGAGUGAUAUGAUUGUCUGCCUAGUUAUUUGAGAUGUAAAUGUCUUGAAAUGCUUUAACACAUUAUUAAUGACUGAACUGAUUAUUCGAUAUCUUGUAUGCUAGCAGUAGAGCUAAAGAAUCAGUGUAAUAUGAUAUGAGUGUGUUUUAUUCGUCGUGUCGUCAAUAGUAAAACACAUAGGUACAAUUAAUGGAAUACUCAUUAUGUUGUGAAAUCCAUUAUUGCCAAUAGACUUCCAUUUAAAAUCAAGAAAUAGUGGGGGUAAUGUUCUACCUACUAUUAGAAAUAAUGGAUCUAGUGGGGGUAAUGAUUCUGAGUAUGAGCUUAGAAGAGACAAAUGAACCACAAAUCACGAAAGGAUUUUGGUAAUGAAUUUGUUAUUUACACCCUAAGAAAGAAAGAUCCUACAAGUCUGCUAGAAGUUCGAACUCUCAUCAAGAUGCAGAUUUGUGGGAGAAUCCUUUAUUAAGGAAAUGGAAUUAUUGGAGUCUAAUAAGACUUAGAAUCUUGUAGAGUUACCUCUCGGUCGUAAGUCGUGGGUAAUAUAGCGAUGGAAUCGAACAAGAUUCGGCAUCUUUGAGAACUACCUCUUGACAAUGAAUCCAUGGGUAAUAAAUGGAUGUUUAAAUGAAAAUCGAAACCUGAUAGUUUAGUUUAUGAGUAUAAGGAUCGUAUAGUAGCUAAGGCUUAGGAGAAGAAGGGAAAAUUGUAGAUUUCUUUGAUAUCCAUUCGCCAAUAUGUAGAAGAACAUUCAUGUGUUGUGUAUCAUAUGAAUGUUAAUGGUGAAUUAGAUAAAGAAAUCUACAUGAGACUACCUAAGAGGUUGUUAUUUUUGAACAUGUUUCUAGAGUCUAUGGUUAGACAAAUCAUGAUAGAAUUUGAAUUAGACUCAGAAACAGUGGCAUGAACAAACAAGUUCUCUCUCAUGGUUUUAAAAUGAAAGUGACAAGUUCAUUAAGUACAAAUUUGAGAAUGAACUUGCAUUAUGAAUGACACGUCGAUCUUUGGUACAAAGACUCGUGAUGUCAAUAUUACGAUGAUGUUUGAGAAUUUUGAAUGUGAAGGACAUGAAUGAAGCAUGUGUUAGGCUAGGAGAUCCAGGUGACUAUGACAAUGAAAUAGAUUUCCUAUAGAUUAGUUUAACUAUAUAGUUAAGAUCUAGAAGAUAUACAAGUUGUACGCUUGCAUAAAUGGUUGAUGAUGUUAGUGUAAAUAUUAAUGAACACUCGAAAUGGUGUAAGAAACUAAGAAAGUUAGAAUAUACUAGCAUCGAUAGUCUGCCAGAGGCAACUAAUAAACAUGAGACCCAAUUUAGUGGUGGGUACUUGGCAGCCUUACUGAUUGUCCUAGUAUGAAGCAUUGAAUGCUAUUGAAAAGGGUCAUGAGACACCUUAAGAGAACAGUUGACCUUGAUAUAAGUUAUCAACGGUUUCUUGAUGUAUUGGUAGGGUAUAUUGAUGCAGACGAGAAUACCCUAUAGAGGAAUCCAAGGCAUCCAGUGGACAUGUUUUAAACAUCACUGGAAGAGUUGUGUCUUGGAAUUCUAAGAAGUAAAUGAUCCAAGCUCAAUCAACUAAGAAAUAAAAAAAGAUAGAGCUAGCAAUGGCUAGUAAAGAGGAAAGUUGAUUGAGAGGGUCAUUACUGGAGAUUCCCUUAUGGGAAAGACCAAUCCCUCCGGUAGUUGAUUCAUUGUAAUAGCACCGCAGCUAUUACUAAAGAAGGGGGCCGGUUCUAGAACGAAAAGAGACGACAAAUUCGUCGUAGGCACAGUACUGUAAGAGAACUCCUAAUGAUAGGAGCAAUGAGGGUAGAUCAGGUAAGAUCCUAACAGAAUCUAGUUGAUCCUUUGACGAAAGGAUUAUCUAGAGAGAAAAGUCCAAAAUACCACAAAGGUAUGAGACUUAUGCCUACCGAACCAUGGAUUACAAGUGAUGGUAACCCGACCCGAUAGACUGGAGAUCCCAAGAAACGGGUUGAAUGGGUAAUAACAAGUCAUGAGUAAUAUUGAGAAAAGUUCAUGCAUGGUGAAGCAUGAAUCCCAAAGCCUUGGAGGUUGAGUUAAACUCUUAAUGAGAUCUAUACUCUAUAUGGAGUGAAGUACUUUACCUUGGGGGUACUUCUGAUAGACUUACCUAUGUGAAUGUGGGAGUGAGGAAACUCCCUAUGGAACUUAGGAGAUACAAAGUUGCUAGAGCGUCCACUAAACUGGGAUAACGUGCAUGGCCAUAAACGCACGGCCUAUGAGAGAAUAUCACUCAAUGAAAAGAUCUGGUGUUCUACAUUGUCUGAGAUAGGGUUCAAGACUACGAGUCACCCUUAUGAAAUCAGAAGUGUAACCACUACGCUAAGGUUCAAAUCUUCGCGAUACCUUAGCUUAUGCCCGAUCUUAUGGAACCGUUGAUGCUCAAGAUAGUUUCAAAACUAUUCAAGUGGGGGAUUGUUGGGAUGAAUAGUUUUGAAAAGCUAUAAAUGAAAUUCCUAAUUAAUUAUACAGUAUUUUCCCAUAAUACGAAAAUAAGAUGGAUGAUUAAUAAAAGGAAUAUUAUGGA